GUUUUGGCUCCCAGCUCACUUGAGACUGCGAUUUUGAGCAAUGGCGGCACAAAGCAGGACAGUAGCGGUGCUGUUGUUGGGUGCCGUGGUCUUGUCGGGCCGAGCCUUUUUGCAGAUUUCGCCAAGUGAGCGGACAACGGUCCAUGUCCAGCCACGCUUGCGUGCUGGCUCUGCUGAACAGCGGCCAACUUGCGGCCUCGCACGCGAAACGGCGGCGGCUGUAGCCGGGGCAUGCUUGAUUGCAGCAGCUGGGCUGCGAUCCCAAAGACGAAGCUCUGGAGUUCCACGACAACUCUUCUUCGGUGGUGGACGUGAUCCUUCCCCGGAUGAUGUGACCAGUAAGGUGUACUUCGACAUCAGCAUUGGCGGCGAGCCUGCUGGUCGAAUUGUUUUUGGCUUGUAUGGCGAUGUGGUGCCGAAGACAGCUGAAAACUUCCGCCAGCUUUGCCUGAAGGGUCCUGGCGAUGGCUACAAAGGAUGCCCUUUCCACCGCGUCAUCCCAGGCUUCAUGUGCCAGGGUGGUGACUUUACCAACAUGAACGGAACUGGUGGCCGAAGCAUCUAUGGCAACAAAUUUGAGGAUGAGAACUUUGAGUUCGUCCACAGCAAGCCCGGGCUGCUCAGCAUGGCGAAUGCUGGCCCCAACACCAAUGGUUCCCAGUUCUUCAUCACCGUUGCAGCAACCGAUUGGCUCAACGGGAAGCACGUGGUGUUCGGUGAGGUCAUGGAAGGCUACGAUGUGGUGCAGAAGAUGGAGUCCGUUGGAAGUCAGAGCGGUCGGACCCGGGCUCAGGUGGUGAUCGAUGAUUCUGGUGAGCUUUAGAGCAGCUUCGGCGAAUUCACCAGCGGUGGAUGGAAGUUCCGCCUCGACUUUGAAAGGCACAAACGUCCUCCGCUUUGAUAGAUUUGAUAUGAUUUGAUGCCAGCAUAUGCCGGCAGUAGAUAUGACUUUUCGACCUGCUAUAGCGAUAGAAUGAUAUAAUUAAUUACAUAUAAUUACUAGAUAUGACUAGGAUGUAGGCAGUUUUCAACGAUGUGCUGGAGGUGAAAAGAA